AUGUGGUCUUGGCUAUCUUCAAAAUCAUACGAAAUAUUUCAACGAGUUCAUUCCGAUGCGCGCGGACGUCGGGAAAUAUUUGACCCGGUCGAGAACAACGGGGAAGCCGCAGAGUUUGUCCAAUGCAAAAGUUGCAUGGAGGCGUACUCGUCGGGACAACUUACGCGAGUGAUGAAGAUCAAAAACAAGCAGGAGAACAUGAGAAAGCACUUGAAACUGUGUAAAUACUUCCGCGCGCAAUAUUCUAUCGACCCUAAUGAUAAACCUAUUCGACCAAUUAAACAACAACCGACAGGGAAAGCGCCCCUCCAGACUCUGUCACAACAAACAAAAGCUUCUGAAGAUAAUUCCGUCAAUGUCACGUUCAAAUACUCUACACCACCAGAAGGGUGUAAAAUGAUUCACGUGAAGUGGAAUCGGAAAUAUGAAACGUUUGACAUCACGCCAAAAACGACUGUUGCACAAAUAGUUAAAGACUUGAAAACUUUGUUUGGACUCGCUGACACUGCUCGUUGUUUUUUGAGAAGAGAAGACGAUAAAAAAGUGCUUCUUGGACACGCAGAGAUUCUUAAACUUGUGGAGAAUGGAGAAGUAUAUAAAUUAGAAGCUUAUGAAUGA